AUGGAGGAGAUAAAAUGGCGACAGCCGGCGGGACCGUAUCUCAUUGGGGGUUACUCGCUGGGCGGGGUGGUGGCCUUCGAGGCAGCGCGCCAGCUGGUGGAAACAGGUGAAAUCGUGGACCGGCUGGUCUUGAUUGACUCGGCGAGCCCGAGUAGGGUGCACUCAUUUCCUGAUGAACUGGUGCAGUUUCUGGAUACAAUUGACGCGACCAAUAACCACAAAAAUAGUGCCCAGGGAACCGUGGGCAGCAGCGCCCACUUCAUGUUAUCUCGGGAACAGCUGCCCCAGUACAGCGUGCGCCCGCUGCGGGGGUUGCAAGAGGGCCUCAUCCGAGACGUGGUUCUCUUUUCAGCGCGCGAGGCGGUCGAAAAGCAAGAGACCGUGCCUCGACCGAAGGUGGGAAGCGACGAGCAAAGCGCUGUGGAAUGGUUUCUGGAUGAUCGGGUCGAUGACGGGGCGCUGGGGUGGGAAGAUUUACUGGAUAAUGUGCGAGUGAUCCGCGUUGAGGGGAAUCUGUUUUUGUUGAUGGAUGCGUCGAAAGUGAGUUGCCUCCUUCCUUAUAUAUAG